AUGGAGACUCCUACACUUCGCGACCCACGCAGCGUGGAUAUCACCUUUUUAGAAUUGUCGGAUGAGGCAGACCUCACUAUUCGGGAGCGAGAGGCUCUAGUAACCGAUCGUGGGAUUACGGGGCGCACUGCAAUCUUUGACCUGAAAACGAUAACACCAUUCAUCUCGUUUCCAAUAGAUAUGAUGCACGAGACUUUGAACCUUGUGAGGGAUUUUAUGAAGAUCUGGAAAUGCAAAAAUGCUCACCUCGCCGGAUGUGCAGAUGCACCGCAAGAGUACGUAAUAAGUGAUGAACGAUGGAAACAGAUUGACGAGGAGCUACGGGAGUUGGGGAACAGUGUCCCGGAAGUCUGGUUUGGAGCGAAACCCCGGGACAGUUCUGUGUCAGGCAAAUGGAAAGCAUCGGAAUGCAAACAAUUUCUAUUGCACUAUGGCCUCGUUCUUCUGGAUGGCCACCUGCCGAUGAAAUUCCUCCUAUGGUUCAAGCGUCUUUCAGAUCUCGUAGAGCUGUGUACCAGACCGGCAUUGUCCGAUGAUGAUGUUACCGAAAUCGGGAAUCUCUCCCGUUCGUUCGUCAGGCACAUGGAACGAGACUACUGCGAGUACAGUGAGGAGCGUGUGGGAAUAUGCAAGUUUAUUGUACAUCAAUUGAUUCAUCUAGAAGAGAACAUUCGAGCUUUCGGACCGCCUGUGAACUACGCGCAGUGGUGGGUGGAGCGUUUCAUCGGUUGGGUGAAGAACAGACUUAACGGGCGCGCCCUUCCGGCGGAGGCUCUAACAGAGAGUUGCAAACUAAUUGAGAGUUACAAGAUUGUGUUCAAGGAGCACUUUGUACGGUCUGACGAUCACGACUCAUCUUCUGACAGCGAUACAGAAGAGGGUAUAUCGAAUGGUGGCAGCCUUCACCAUCAUACCAAAGAUCUCAGGAUCUCUGGAUACGCCAUCGGGAACAGAACACUGAAGAGACUUUUAAUCGAUUAUCUCGUACGAACUGAGGAUAUGACCGCUGCUGAUGCAGAGAGUUGUGUUCAGGAUGAAACGGCCCAAUGCUUCAAACAGAUUCGUCUGAACGUAGGGACUUCGAAACAGAAAGUUGGGGCGUGGGAUACCCGAAGCUGGCGCAAGGGUGCAACAUCCAAUUUCUACGUGAGUGCCCAAUUUGAAUCUGAUCGCGGGGAAAAUGCUAGAGAGGUGUACUACGGUCGUAUCCGUCGGAUCUUGGUGUACAAAUUUCACCUUCCCCGCGGGCAGGAACUCCGCCAACUAGUCGUUUCGGACUGGGCUCCAAAUGUGAAGCGGACCUCUCUCGCCCAGGUAUAUGCACCAACAGCGGCCGUCUUUCAGACACCAACAGUCGAAGAUUCAUCAGUGCUUCUCCAUCUUAUAGGGUUAUGGACCAUGCCUAUCCCACGCGAGGGAACCGCUCAAACCUUCGCGGUCGUCGUACAUUCUUUCUGGACCCCGCAUCGCGCCUCUACGCCCUCGAAAACCCUGGAAAGAAAUCCCCCGAUGGAAUGGAUCGUUUUCUCGCCUCGUGUUCGUGACGAUUCCGCUGGGGGCAGUGCCGUACCUGACGGGGGAGGAGGACGUUUGAGAAUUCGAUGACACAAGUAGUUGAAAUUGAAGUCGCAUGCAUAUGAGGGAAAUGUACGCAACGGUCCGGAUGAAAGCUAUGGCCGCAUGAUCCACUACGGAGAUAGAAACUGUGUGGCAUAGAAUGUUUGUAGAUGAAGAACGGUUUCGUACAGGGAUGGUGACUGCAUGAGAUUCAGGGGAUCGUGCGGGCGAUGGAAACGGCAUGAAAUGUGAGAACAUGAGAACAGGUCGGCUUCGUGUAAUCCCGAAGUGUUGCGAUAACGGAAUCAAUUCUUGUAAAUAUGUAUC